CCCAACGCAUGCGUGACUGCACAAAAAUCGGACCAUCGAAACAGCCCCACUUCUACGCUAUAUUACUUUCAAGAGUUAUCUUACCUAAAGUAGUUUGAAAUGUAAUGUAUUUGCCUUAAUCUAUGUUUGAUAUACCUUACAAAAGGCCGUCAUUUUACAUGACCGUAUUUGUGUGAUCUCUAGUGCAAAUUCGUUGUUCUGUGGUAGUGUAGUUUGUUUGCAAUAUUUGGCGUGUAGCUGGCGGGAAGUGAAAAUGUUAUCAUAUUUAUCUCUUUACGAUAUUUUCAUCAAUUAGCCAAUGGAAGGUGUCUUUUUAACCAGGGCGUGCACUGCUUAUUGUUUUUGAAAAUCACGGUCGAUUAAUGUGAGAAAAGUACUUGCACCGGGGCUUUUUCUGGAUGGUAUCGUCCCACUGGAAGGAUCCGCUCGCUCUGAUAUUUCCACCACAAUGUCUCAGUCAGAGACGUGUUGCAUUUGUGGGGUGAGGUUUGUGAGGGGGCCCAAGGGUUACAACAGGAGGAAAGUCACCACGCUGACCAGCCCCAAGACCUUCCAGCUAGUCUUUGACAUCACUCCUGAUGACUCAUCCUUCCUCUGCUGGGUCUGUCUUGGUGUGCUCAGAAGGAAAACCAAGCAGGAUGGGAAGCUUUGGACUUGGUCAGAUUUGCCAACAAAAGUUGGCAGACCUCGAAAGCCCCGUGCCGAAAUACCAAGCUCAUCCACAACAUUAUCCAAUCAAACUCCAAUUAUAACCAACCCAUCUUCUUUAUCCAUAGAAGAGGAGUGCAUUGCUUCUAAAAAAAACAAACGGAGGCCAGUUCGUCAGUGGGACGGGGAGAAAUGGACCACCAUGAAUUCUUGUUCCCCAGAAUCCCAUUCAACGACCAUCAGACGACCUCAAACUCCCAUAGCCCCAACCACACACUCCUCUUCAACACCAUCAAAUCAAGUAAAUUCCGCAACAUUAUCAAGUCAAACUUCAAAUCAGAUCAGUUCUCUGUUCUCCUUCGGAGAGCGGACAACAAAAAGACGUCCGAAGGCACCCCAAUCUACAACACACUCCACACUCCUGUCUCCUUUCCCCGUUGACAAAGGUAUAAGGCCCAAGAAGAAGAAUCUCUCUUUCUCCAAGACUAAGCAGAGCUAUGGGUUUGGACCUCAUGCCAAGGCCCUGCAUUACAUGCACAGCCACCAGCACCUGAAGGCCUUCAGGUCCCUGAUGAAGACCAAAGCUAGAGAAGCCAUGACCCUUUUCCUCGCAGAGGUUAUCGCCCAGGAGAGUAAGGUAUUGAUGAAGGACCAACGUGGGCCAUUGCGUCAGCCGCUGACUGAGGCGAGUGUUAGUGGAUUUUCCUGGGACGCGGUUCUAGCGUGGGGGGAAGAAAAGGCCCCUAUGACCCUGGCAUGUCUUAGGGCCAUGUUCCCCAAACCCAAAACCAUCAGGACACAGGUUAUGACGGGAGCUAGGAAAACAAAAUGCCCGAGGACAGAAGAGGCAGCAGGUGAUAUGGUCAGCCAGAGGGUGGGGCUUAUCCUGGCCAUCGUCCUCUACACCUCCAUGCAGAAGUGCAACUUCAUCCAGGCCUCUCUGGGGGUCGAGUUCUGGAAACAGGGCUGUCCUCUCAGUGUGUUGAAAGCCCUCAGUGCCCUGGGGGUGUGUCCUAGUGCUGCCUCUACCAGGAGACACGCAGAGAGGCUGACAACCGGCUUUGAUCCACCUCAGCAGGACCGGACAGAGGGGGUGGUGGAGGAGCCUGGGGACUCCUUUUGUAGAUCUGAGGAUGAGAGUCAGACUCUGAGUUGUUCUGAAGAGUAUUCCAGUUCCUCUCCGACCCACUCUCUGAACUCGUUCUCGGACGAAUCCCACUCCAGAGACGGGUCCUGGUCCGAUCGGAGUUCCAGACCUGACUCCAGGAGCGACGACUACCAAGGCCCUACUCAGAGGCCUGACUCCCGGGAGUACCAGAAUCUGAUCAAAGAACAUGGUUACCACAAAGUCCAGAAACCUACAUUGAGUCGAUGGACGAAGAACAGUGAGGACAAAAGGGAGGCAAAGAAAAAACCUGUUCAAAACCCCAAGAGAAGGAAGAUGACGAAAAAGAAACCUGCUCAAUCGCCUCCAGUAGUAAACGCAACUGGCGCGCACCGUUCAGACAUGGAGACUUCUCAAACAAGUAAGGUAAACAUGGAAGUCGUUCAAACGUCUCAAGUAGACAACACACACGUGGAACCCGUUCAAACGUCUCAAGUAGACAACACACACGUGGAACCCGUUCAAACGUCUCAAGUAGACAACACACACGUGGAACCCGUUCAAACGUCUCAAGUAGACAACACACACGUGGAACUCGUUCAAACGUCUCAAGUAGACAACACACACGUGGAACCCGUUCAAACGUCUCAAGUAGACAACACACACGUGGAACCCGUUCAAUUCAGCGACACAAACAAGAAACAUGCUCAAAUAAGUGAGACAAAUGUACAACCUGCUCAAAUGUCUGUAAUGAGCGAGACAAACAUGGAACCAAUUAAAAUGCCCAAAAGAGGCAGGCCAAGGAAGGAACUUGCUCAAAUGUCUGUAAUGAGCGAGACAAACAUGGAACAAAUUAUAAUGCCCAAAAGAGGCAGGCCAAGGAAGGAACUUGCUCAAGUAAGUGAAACAAACAUAGAACACACUCAAACUCCACAAAUAACCGACACACACUUGGAACCUGCUCACAAGCUCAGAAGUCCGAGGAAGAAACCUGUCCAAACGCCCCAGGUAACUGACACACAAAACAAACCCAUUCAAGUAAGCAAUACAGACAUUAAACUUGCUGAGACAAACAAAGAAUCAGUUGUACAGGCCAAGAAUCGGAGGCCAAAGAAGGGAUUCGUUCAAAUUCCACAAUUAACCGACACUUGCAUGGAACCCAUUCCGGUAAGCAAGGUAAACGCGGACACCACUUUAAUGCCCAGUAGCAUGAGAUCAAGGAAGAGACCCAGACAAGUUCCCCAAGUAUCCGGCACAAACCAAGAACUAACUCAAAUGCCCAAAAUAACCAAAAGCAGCAAGGAACCCUCCGAGAUGCUUCAGAAAAUGGACACACACAUGGCACCUGAUGUAACAUCUAAAAGAGGGAGGACAAGGAAGGGACCAAUUGAAAUGUCCCAAGAAACCGACUUACACACAGAAACCGGUCUAAUGCCUCAAGUUGGUGAAAUUAAUCAGCAACGUAUCGAAGGACGGGAAAUAAAUAAAGAACCCGCUGAACCCCAAAAACUUGCUGGAAAGGCUAAAGUAAAUCAGACAAAGAAAGUACCUGCAAAGACACCUGAAAAACUAGAUCAAAUGAAAUUUAUUACAAAGCGCAAAAGAGGCAGGCCAAGGAAAGAACUUGCUCAAGUAAUCAACACAAACAAGGAAACCCCUUCAAUGCAUAAAAUAAGCAAAACGGGCAAAGAAUCUGCUCUUACCCGGGAAAUAAAAAUUAUUGUCAAUAGGAUGGAAAGCUGUAGUGCUGCUGAGAUGCCCCAAAUACGUGAGAUGAACAAUGAACCUGUUCAAGUAAGUGUGGGAAACUUUGAACCUGUUCAAAGACUGAGUGGGGGGUCAAUGGAGGGACUCGUUCAAAUGCCCCAAUUAAGCUGCACGGACAUGGAACCUAGUAAGUUAGGCAGGACCAUCAUGGAAACCACUUCAACGGCAGAAAGUACUGACAAAGAACCUGUUCGAAGGGCUCAAGCAAAUGAAACAAAAGCAGAACUUGCUCAAACGUCUCAGAUAAUGGAAACGAUAAAGGAACACAUUCAAGUAACCAACACAGACGAGGAAACCGCUUCCGUGCCCGAAAGAAGCUGCACAGACAUGGAACUUGCUAAAAGGUACAAAAUGAGUGACUUUCAGACCCGUGUAAUAAGAAUAGUUGACACUAGGAUGAGGGCAAACGAAUCUGUUUCAAAGCUUCAAGUACACGACACAAACCAGGACCCUGAACCUGCUGCAACACCUGAAAUAGGCGACACAAACAAACAACCCACGCGAGUGAUCAGAAUAGUUGUUAACAGGAGGAUACCGGCAGACAUUUGUAGUCAUACCCGGAAAAGCCUGGAGUGUCUGGCUGAGGUAGCGGCCAAAUGUGCUCCAUUAGAUGUUAAAUCUGCCGAAGAGGAUGGAUAGGUAGGUAGACGCAUGUUACUUAUCAAUAUAACAAAUUUCACAACAUGACGUCUCAGGAAGAAGAAAAAAAAAUGUGUUCAAAGGGUAUAACCCUAACCUAAGGGGUGGGGGCUAGUCUGCAAUCAAAUGUCUUCUUCUGUAUUCGUUUUACUGUAAUUGUACAUACCAAUUGUCUUCUCCACCUUGUUCAUUUGAUAUGUACAUAAUCCCAGCAACCUUCUGUGUUUUUUGUCAUUGUGUCCACUGUGGAUUUAGUGUAUUUGUUAGUCUUAUCCCAUUUUGUAUUUAGUUGUUCUGAUUGUACUUCUGUGGUUGUUGACAAUGUAAUAAAAAUGUAUGUGUUUUGUACAAAGGGAAUUCCUGCAGUCAUAGUAUCCAUGCUAAUUUCAGGGUAUUUGUUUUCAUUACACUUACAAAUGUAAUUGGACUAAAAGCAAAGACUGUGAACCAAAACAGAUUUGCCCACUAAUCUUUAAACUAGAAAAUAAAUUGUUAGAAAACAACCACAGCGUUUAUCUUGACUCAAGGCUUUUCCUUUCAUACUGUUUUUGAUGUAUACAUUCUUGCAAUAUUAUCGGGUGUUAAUACUUGUGAUAAUUUUGUGUAUUUUACUGUUGUCUUAUGUAAAAACGAAGCUCACAGAAUAAACAGUACAAUUGUA